AUGAUUGUUUCUCGUAUUCAUGCCCUGUAUGUUAUCUUUGCAACAACUUUGGUAUUAGUAAACGGACAGACGACGCACACUAUCACAGUCGGGGUAGCAGGGAGUUUCUUUGAUCCUCCGACGUUAUCAGCCGGGUUGAACGAUACAGUAACCUUCAUCUUCGGUGGAGACGUCCACACCGUGACGCAGAGCACCUUCGAGAACCCAUGUUUACCGCUUCCUGGGGGAUUCAACAGCGGUUUGGCUGGACGAGGCAUCUCCAACGGCUCUGCGCCUACUUGGGACCUCCGUAUUACGGAUAUCCUUCGCCCAAUAUGGUUUUUCUGCGAGGCCACUCGACCUUCUUCGCACUGUGCAGCAGGAAUGGUUGGUUCCAUCAACCCGCCGAAUCAAACAAUGUACAAUCGCUUUGUCUCAGCGGCGAAGCAAGUUUCCGGCACGCCUGCUCCCACCUUCUCUGUCGCUCUCACAGGCCAGGGCGCCUUCGCCACCAGAGCUCCGGCUGUACCCACCACUUCCGUGCCUUUUACACCAUCCCAGGCUCCCUCCGCCACUCCUGUCUCUACUGAAACUUCAUUAAGCACUGCAGUGCCUACCACUAAUGCGAGUACGAGCGUCUCGACCCGCAAUCUCGGUGCGAUAGUAGGUGGCGCUGUCGGAGGUAUCCUGGCCCUGCUCCUCGUCGCCGCGGGUUUGUACUGGCUAUAUCAAGUUCGGCGGUACAGUAACCACAAUCGUGGUCCGGAGAGCCCAGAGCCAUUUGAUACUCGAGAACACAGCAGGAACACCCUAUACUUCCGCUCCGCCAAGUCGCCUAUCCGCAGCCCCAGCGAAGUCAGCACCAAGCACGUCGAUACCGCAUAUUCGUAUGUGAACGCCCCAUCCUCGCCUCCUGCCCAGCGAGCGGUCUCGACCGACUCCACGAUGGUUCUUGCACCUGUUCGCAGGGGCGAGACAUCGCCCAGUUCAAACGUUUUUUCGGCUGGCAGAGUUGUCCAGUACAAGACCUCCUACACCAACCUGAGCUCCUCAAUCGAGAGGAAACCCUCUGCUUCCGAUAUCCCCUCUCCACCACUUUCAUCUACGUCCGCCUCAUACGACCAGCAUACAUCGACGCAGGUGAAUCUCAAUACGCUCGCGAAGGAAGUGGCGGCGGCCCUCCUCAAGUCCCCCUCGCUAGGAAAUUUGCACCAGAAACAACCGUCCCAACAGCCGCAGCCGCAGCAUGCUGACACGACGAGUGGUGCCUCGUCGAGCUCCGGCUUUCGCGCCGGUGGACACAGACCAAUGCACAUCGCAAACGCUGGGGAGGCGGAUAGGGAUCAUCUGCCCGAAGUGGGCCUGCCCCCUCCGACGUACCGCACGGCGAUGGGGUCGUCGCCACUGCAUCAAGUGAGCUUCGACAAAGAACGAUAA